GCACCCCAAACAUCCAGGAAUGGUCCGAUAUUUUUUGGGCAUGAAAAAAAAUGGUCUAGGCCGUACCGGCCGGCCUGAGGCACGGUCCGGCCCCGUUCACAUCUCUACACACAAACGAAGCACAAACACAGAGGAAGAAAGAAAAAUUCAGCUGUGCUUGCCCCGAGCCAAAUGGACAUAUGGCAGAAAGCGCGAACCUUUGUGGAGGAAGCGGCGCGGUGGUCGCGCGAGCUAACGAAGGGAGCCGCGAAGCGAUCCUCUGAGCUGACAGCCGAUUCCUCUAAGUUUUCAGACAUUCUAUCAGAAUCGUCGAAGCGGUCAAAGAAGAUCGCAGCCGAGGCGUCAAAGCGAGCUUACCAGAUCAAGUCUCUCGCUGAGAACAUUGCGCCUCCUGGUGUGCUCGCGUCACAGCAGCAACAAGAGGAGGAUCUGGGGAGGUUUGGAAUCACUGAAGAGUUGAGAGAAUUCGUUAAGGAACUUACUAUUAACACCUUUCAAGAUUUUCCAUUAGAAGAUGAUUCAGAGAUGUGUGAUGUUCCCAUUGAAUCAAAUGUUAGGAAGGAUCCUAAUGAAUGGCAAGAAGAACAUGCCACUCUUGUUCUUUCCACGGUUAAGGAAAUAUCAAAAUUAAGAUAUGAGUUCUGCCCACACUAUAUCAAAGAAAGGAAGUUUUGGAGGAUUUAUUUUAUUCUUGUUAACAGCCAUGUGGCAGCAUAAGUAUCUUUUCUCAUUGUCAAAAACUGCGAUUCCAGCUUCUACUGGCUUUUUUAUUUUACCAUUCAGCCUUUAGAAACUUAUAUACUCUGGGGAUUCUUCCAUAAUUGGCUGUGUAUGCUGAAUACAAUUACAUAUUUGCAAUCCCCCGUUAUGUAUUUUACUUCUUCAUAUGGAAAAUUUGUAUGGUAAAGUGUAGAUAAUUGUCUAUUUACGCACGCACACGAGUUUUAGAUAAAAGUGGUCUGAACAGGUAUUCACAGUUUAGCUUUUUACCCAAAAAAAAAUGCUAAUAGGUGGCUGGUAAUUUUUCACUCUCUGUGUGUGUAACUAUAUUUGUGUGCGUUUGACGUAACUGUACAGAUUUUCUCAAGAGCUUCAAUAUAUAAUCAAUUUUAUUCCUAAUAUAUGAAUUGACUUCUUUAUUGAGGAAAGAGGCCUGUGCAUUUUCACACAAUAGUCCUUUUCUUUAUAAAGAAAAAUAAAAGUUAAUAGGUGGAAAAUGUCAUGAAGCAGGUAAUUCAUAACUCUGCUUUUGUCUCAAUAGCUAAACCAUUCUGCAGUUGCAGCCUCUUGCAAGAUCGUCAGAUAUUGGGAGAAAAUCUGUGGGAUAUAGCUCCUAUAGAAUUGGAAUCUGGAAUUAGAAUACUUGAAUUCUACUUCAACCUAAUUCACCUUUUUUCCUCUUGUAAAGUUAGAGAAGAUGCAUGCAAGCAAUAGGGUUUAGGGUUUACUAUUUGCACAUAGAAAUAUGAUAUUGAUGCAAAUGCUUGCUUACGUCUACAUUUGCUGCACUCUGGUAUUGCUAGAGUAGCUGUACCUUUGCCAUUCUUUGACUUAGUUUCCGAUUUUCUCACACCUUUUCUCUUUCUUUUCUUCUUUUUCCUUUAGCUCUGAGAAGCUAUACAUGGAAGAUUUUAAGGUCAAAUCUAAAGAACAGGUAAAGAAUGAUGGAGUGGAAGAAAGCUCGAAGGUUAGAAUAAUUCCUAAAUCAGGUGCACCAGAAGCAAACCAGCAAAAGAGUAAGACUUCAGCAUCUUCGACUACAGAACAAGACUUGGAUGUAUUUCUUCUGGGUGGAGACAGUGAUAAAGGCCCUGGUAUAAUAGGAUUUUUUCAUUAAUCUGUCAAGUUAUUGACCAUAUUUAUUUGUUAAGAUGAUUGAUUUUUUAUGUCCUCUGUUUUUUCCUUGAUUUAUUUACUGUAUUUUGUUUUUCUUCUUUGUGGCUUUUGUUACACACAUUUGAUUGCAUCCCUGUUCAUGCAACAUUUUUUGUGAGUGAAUUUUCCUUUUUAUCCUGCAAUUAGUGGGUUGCUUCUAUUGGCUAAACCUUGGCUACCGUUUAAGUUGCAUUAAGUGCUAGUUCUUUAUUCUUAGCAUAUUUUCCCAUCAAUACUAUCCCUUUUAAUAGGCAAAGAGAAUCCAGUGUACCUAUUUUUGUUACUUAUCCACACGUGUUUCUUCGUCCUAAGCAUCUUUAUCCACCCCUGUUUCUUUUUUUUUUUUUAGAGAAAUUAAGAAAUUGUAUAAAACCGAUAAAAUAAGAUACAAAAUACGAGAGACAUACCCAAGCAAAGUCACAAAAGACUUAGAAAACAAAACAAAAUGAGCACACAGACUCCUGAAAGCAAACUAAGAAAAAGUCAUUAAAAGUUAGAAAGAGCACAUAGGCUCAAAAAAAAAAAAAAAACAAAAAAAUUAGUUAGGUAAAUGUCAAAUAGCUUGAAACUGAAGAGAGAUCUGUAUUUGUAACAUCAGUUUUUGCAUAAGAGCUAUACAAACAAUGGGAUUACCUUAAGCUUUGUGAAUUUUGUUGUGUAAUUCAUUGUACUGUUGAUAAAUCACGUUUUUCAGAUGAUGGUGAUGAAGUGUUUGAUGAUGACUUUGACAAGAUGGUGGAUGGUUCGGAUGAUGAGAAAGAGAAAUCAGAAAAGAUCACUGAAUUGUCCAAGACAUCAUGAUUGCUGCACAGAUUUAAAAGAAGAGAACAAUUGUCAAGAUGAUGAAUGGAAUAAAGGUUUGUCCCUUCCUUCUUUCAAAUCCUUAUUAUUUGUUUUCUAUCUUUCUUUUCCCCUUUUCCUUUUUCCUUUCAAGAUGGGUAGACUAAGCCAUCUCUCCAUGUAAAGAAUGUUACUUAUUCCUUUACUCUUUACAACUGGUUUAAUCACCCUUGUAAAUUUCAGUCAAUUUAUUCAGUCCCGAUCUCUCCUCGGCGCAUUUUUGUAAAAA